AUGUCAACACAAUCCAUUUAUCCCCCCCCCCUAAAAGAAGGGGCUCCCAUUAGACCAGAUCCACAAAACCAUCACUGGAAGCCAGAUGUUGUGUAUUUUAAGGAUGGACCAUGUAUAGAAUCUGCAUUUAGAAACUAUAUUCACCGUGCUGACUAUAAACAGAAUGAAAACGGCUAUGAGAUCAUAGUCUGCCAUGAUAACGUUAUUCGCUACAUUGUUUGCAGGGCUCUCCAGCUGCCCCCUGAAGCUUGGCUGCGCAUGGAUCUUCAUCAUGGCAGCAUUACUGAACUUGUGAUUCGCCACAAUGGUGAUGUAACUCUGACGAUGCUUGGUGAUGCUGGGUAUAUGCCUGCUUCUAAGCUCAGCAGCUAA